UCUUGCCGGGAACACGCGUCGCCGCCGGUUCUGAGGAGCGAAGCUUCACAUGUAGCGUCAGACCAGGGAGCGAGUAAGAUGGCGGCACGGUGGGGUGCGGGUGAGGAUAUUUUAACCACCGGCAGCACUGGAAUCUACAACACAUUCGAACCCUACGAGGACAUCAUGUUGGAUGAUUCUUUGUGUAGUAAUGGCCUUGGCUUAAACGCACUGGGCGAGGCUGACCUGACAAGUGAAAUCCUUGACUCCUUUCAUGGCUGCUUGGAGCCAUCCAUCCUCUCCAUCUUGGAAGACUCAACUUUAGAAGACCCUAAGAACAGAGUAGAUGAUGAAAAUGUAACCACUUUGUUAACUGCACUAACCGAGAUACUUGACAAUGUUGAUGAUGAGAACCUGUCGCCUUUUGACACCCUCCCUGAUUUAGACCUCUUAGCCUCUCACAGAGAGAGGGAUAACUCAACACUGAGACGGUUUCUGACUUUGGCAAGAUCCCCACCUGAACAUGAACCACCAAACCACUGGGAUCUGCGUGCCCCGAAACAGGCAGAAGGAGGUUGUACAGAUAGAUGGCGGGAGUCUUUUGCAGAUGGAUUUGUAAAAUCUUGGGAGGAAAAUUCUCAUGGAAAAGCAAGAAAUUCACCUAGAGCCCUUGCAAUGCGGACACGCUUAACUGUGGAAGCAAAGAAACCCACUUCUCAGGCUUUGCAGAGAAGUGAUGGGGAAGAGGAAGAGGAGGAUACAGAAACAAACAGUCCAUACCAAGUAAAUCAGACGGAGAGUGAAGAAUAUUCUUCAUCUCCUAGCAGAACAGAUUUUGACUCUUCCGUAGAGUGUAUUGUGAAUCCUCACACAUUUACACUGAAUGACCUUGUUAAGUACAUGCACCCUUAUUGCAUUUCUGUAUGUGUGGAACCUGUCGAUGAAGAGACUGAAGUAAUUUUAGCAGAAGGAGAGUUGGCACUUGAAAUUGUGGUACCCGAUCAGCAAGCUCCGAUUUCUCAGCUUAUGAACACGGAAGUUAGAGCAGUAGAAAUGAUGAGCGCUGCAAAGGAAUCAACAGAACUAGCCAUAUCUACUAAUGAAGAAUCCUUAAGCUAUGAAAGUGUAGCUAGGUCCUCUUUAGAAUCCCAGCAGCUCACAUCAGAGAAGAUUCUAGACGAAAGGCCAAAGGAGAAGUUCUCUGAACAAAAACCCAGAAUUCAGUGCAAUAAUUAUAAGGAAGAUUCUGAGGCUGGCAGAACAGGAAAUAUCUGCUGUUUGAACAAUACUACUCCUCUUGUUUUAGAUGAAUUGGUCAAUUCAACUUGCAGGACAAAAAUUAAGCAAGGGCCCCUUUUUAAAGAAAAGGUUUCCUCUCUUUCCUCCAAAGAAACUGAACCAUCUGCAUUAAUAGAAGAGAAACCUGGCGAAAAAAGUUAUGCUUUAACUUCUUCAAACCUUCCAAUAGACCUAGAGCUUAAUCAACAAAAAAAUCCCGAAGAGCAACAGGCAAACCCAAUAGGUGAACCUUUUCAGAAAAUUUGCCUUGAGAAAGUGCAAGAAACUGAAUUGAUACCUACUUCAGCAGCACAACAACAAACUAUAGGUAUUGUUCGGGACACUGAGAAAAAUGUACCUUGUGUACAGGCUGGCCAUUCACCUAGUCAAGUAGUAAAUUCAUCUUUCAUCUCCUCAUCUACUGCUGAAAAAAACCCACCUAAACAACAGAAAGAGUCCAAACCUAAAAUGCUCAGUCUGCAGGAGUAUAGACUUCUUCGCCAGAAACGCAAACCACCUCCUGUUGAGAAGCCAGAGGACAAUAGCACAAAGUGGCCUACUUUGCCAGAGUUACCAAGAGAGUUGCCUCCCAUUCCUUGCUUGCCAGAACCUGCUUCUGUGCCUCAGAGGAAACAGGAGAAUGCUACUGUAUCUGCGUGGCCACCGCUAGGGCCUGGAGCACCUCCAACGCCUGAAGCCUUACUGUCUCCUCCAGCUGCUAAAGUAAUUCCUAAGACUACUCAGAAACUGAAUCCUGUGCCUAAAGCAGCCUUAAACUCGGAUAAAUCUGUUCCUUUGCCUCCCAAUAAAAUUCCAUCACAACAACCACCUGUUCCAAAGGAAAGUCCUGUAUCAAAUGUAGUUAAUCCCAAUAGUCUUAAAUGCCUUAAUUCUACUAAUGAGAGUUUGCUAACAUGUAACCCUAAAAAAAUUCCAGGUGGUGAACAAAUGAUUAAUACAAAAGUUUUAACAGAAGAGUGUAGUCAUGAGUUUAAUCAUCUGCCUAAACAAAAUGGGGAACAUCUCCAACAUGAAACGAAGGGAGUGUCUGGGCAACCACACGAGGUUUCAGUUGUAAUCCAGCCAAAGGAAAACUUACAAACAGAAGCUUGCAGCUCUGUACACUUUGAGAGACUUCAAAGUCCAUCCCAUUCCAGUUUGUCCAAGGAGCCCAGUGAGGAUAUUAAAAAGUCCCCAGCAGUCCAGAAUCAUGGAGCAAGAUCACAUGGUAUUACAGAGAGCAGCCCAUUCUCUUCAGUGUCAUCACAAAUAACAGUAUCUUGGCAAGUUCCUCAAAGACAUCCUGUAAAUAACAAUGCCCACAUUAAGAAGCCUGCGGUCACUCUGUCUCAGUCUUUGACAAAUUCUACAGAAGAACUAAUUCGAGCUUUCACCAGUGAAAUAGGAAUUGAAGCUACAGACCUCACAAGCUUGUUGGAACAAUUUGAACAAAAUCAGGUCAAAGAAGACAAAACUAACUUAAGUGAUCUUAGACAAGAAACAGCUAUAGGAUGUUGUAGUAGAUCGGAACAUCCAGAGAAGAAGCUGAUAGAACGUGUAUGUGUUCCAGAUCUUACUAAUACUGCUGGGUUGACUCCUCCUGCUACACCCCCUCAUCAGAUGUGGAAACCUCUAGCUCCAGUUUCUCUUCUUGGGAAGCAAAAAUCAGAGAUAGUCAAAGUCUCUUCUACUAAAAACAUUCAGAUUAAUCAAUCAAAAAAGCUUAUGAAUAAUGUCUGUACCUCUACAAUCUCACAGGUUAUUUCUCCACUAAUAUCUGUCCCACCAAGUUCACAAAUCUCUCCAUAUGUUAACUUUGUGGACCAUGAUUACUGCCUUCCACAUGUAACAAACCAACAGUCUGAGGGAGUUAAUCGCUGGAAUGUUAAACGGCAGUCAAGCAUCACAAUCAAACCAAUAAAGCAUUGUUCAGUGCCUCCAAAUCAAACCCCUUCAGCAGUUGAGCGAGAGAGCCCAAAGAAUUCGGUGACAAAGUGCCCUAAAAAUGAUGACUUGCAGCCUUUGGAUCAUAGGACUCCAAUGCAAGAGAAAGUCUACCUAUCUGGUUCAGUUCUUUUGUCUCCAGAUGCCUCCCCAUCAAGAGAGAAAUCGGAAGAUCCAUCCAGAGAGAAGCACACACAUUCUCCUAAAUACUCUUCAAGUCCGGAGAGAAGAAAAAGAGAGGGCAAACGAAGAAACUACCGAACACGUUCAGUUUCUGUAUCAUCUGACUCUUCAUCAUCGUCUCAAUCCAGAUCACCACCAAGGAAGAGGAGAACAAGAUACAGAUCACAUCGCUUACAAAGUAGCUCUAGUUCAAGCUCCAGCUCCAGCUCCAGUUCUAGUUCUAGGUCCCGAUCCAGGUCCCAGUCCCGGUCUCUUUCCCAUGUAAGGAGACGACGCUACUCCUACUCUAGUUCAUCUUCUGACUCCAGAAGUCGAUCUAGGUCUUCAUCUCGAUCCAGGUCUUCAGGUCAUAGGCAUGUCAAUCAGAGGCAGAGUCGGUGCGACAGCCCAGAGUAUAACUACUACUACAAAAAAUCAAGGGAUAGUGGUGAGCAGCAGUUUCUUCGAGACCAGCUCAAGGAAAAAGCAGUUGAGGAAAGACGUAUUGUUUACGUGGGAAAAAUCAGAAGUGACAUGACCAGAAGAGAGUUGAAAGAACGCUUUUCUUUGUUUGGAGAAGUAGAAGAGUGCACCCUUCACUUCAGGGAAGAAGGGGAUAAUUAUGGUUUCAUUACUUACAAGAAUACAGGCCAUGCAUUUGCUGCUAUAGAAAAUGGACAUAAACUUCGUCAACCUAAUGAGCUCCCUUUUGAUCUCUGUUUUGGAGGCCGUCGACAGUUCUGCAGGACCAGCUAUGCAGAUCUUGAUUCCAAAAGUGAAUACGAGUCUGUUUCAGUAAGAAGCAAGUUUGAUGCACUAGACUUUGACACUUUACUUAGACAAGCCCAAAAAGGCUUGCGAAGGUAACAUUAACAAUCAAAUUAAUCCAGAAUAAAAUAUUACCUCAAAGAUAACGCCAUCCUACUGCUGCCUCUUUUUUCCUAUUCUAUGACAUAAGAUUGUUGUGAGUAUCACAUUAUGAAAUCAAAUAUUUAAUGUGGCCCACAAAUAAAUCUUUGCAUACUAACAAUUGUCCACUUGGAGAAAAGACCUCUGUUAUACAAGAUUAUACCUUCUAUUGAAGUGAUAGUUUGUAAGAAAACAUAAUAUUAAAAACAAACAAAAACUGAAUAAAUAUAAAAGAAAAAAAGUAAUUUGUUUUAUGAUGUGCAUUCCCAAAUGGUAUGUAAGGAUGACUUGCCAACUAUUUAAAAUAAACUGUAAACUGAAUUAAAAGGA